AUGUCUUGCUCUCGCGCCAUUUAUUUGCUCUCGUGCUCUGAUAUCAGCCACUCUGCGUCGCCUCGAGCCAAUAUCAUAGCCUUGACCCAAUAUGGGCCGUCGCAACCGGGGGACAUAAACUACAUAUUGUACAGUGUUCAUUGCACAACUUGCAGUUGCGAUGCAUUUGUGGUGGAGAAGUGUUCUGCACAGUCCCUUCUAUGUCGGUGGAGAUGA